UCCCCUACCACUAGUCCGUCUAGCCUUCUUUCGGGCAGGAAGCAGGCCUAAACGACGGGCGGGCAUCUCCCGCUACGCAAGCAGCAUUGUUCGCCACCACCCGAGAAGCAAAAGAUUCGAGAGUAAAGGCGGAAAAGACAAGCAUAGUGGUCUAAUGACAAGGGCCGACGACGGAAGCUCGGGACGCAGCCGUAUGAUGCGGAAGUCUCACGUACGGUUCCCUGAGAAGGGAGUGGCUACCCACUGGAGCUUCGACCAACUACCACCGGUCAAUUCCGCUUUGGGGCCACCCCUGACUCUACCAUCAUUAUAGGGGUAUGGGGUUCGAGACAAAGAAAGAUCAAGGCAGCAUAUCAGUUUUUCCUAUAUACUUUACUGGGAUCCGUUUUUAUGCUAUUAGCUAUUCUGUUGAUUCUUCUCCAAACAGGAACCACCGAUUUACAAAUUUUAUUAACCACUGAAUUUAGUGAGCGGCGCCAAAUCCUUCUAUGGAUUGCUUUUUUCGCCUCUUUUGCCGUCAAAGUGCCUAUGGUACCAGUUCAUAUUUGGUUACCCGAAGCCCAUGUAGAGGCACCUACGGCUGGAUCCGUCAUCUUGGCUGGAAUUCUUUUAAAAUUGGGAACCUACGGGUUUUUAAGAUUUUCCAUACCCAUGUUUCCCGAGGCGACACUUUGUUUCACUCCUUUCAUUUAUACUCUAAGCGCGAUUGCUAUAAUAUAUACUUCCUUGACCACUUUAAGACAGAUCGAUCUUAAGAAGAUCAUUGCCUACUCCUCAGUAGCCCAUAUGAAUUUGGUGACUAUUGGUAUGUUUAGUCCGAACAUACAGGGAAUUGGAGGUAGCAUUUUACUUAUGUUAAGUCAUGGACUGGUUUCUUCAGCCCUUUUUCUAUGUGUUGGUGUUCUAUCUGACCGACAUAAGACUCGACUUGUUAGAUAUUAUGGAGGUUUAGUGAGCACCAUGCCGAAUUUCUCUAUCAUUUUCUUCUUUUUCACUUUAGCCAAUAUGAGUUUACCCGGCACUAUCAGCUUUAUCGGGGAAUUUCUAAUCUUAGUAGGAGCUUUCCAAAGAAAUAGCUUAGUAGCCACAUUAGCUGCGCUUGGGAUGAUUUUAGGCGCGGCGUAUUCCCUGUGGCUAUAUAAUCGUGUGGUUUCUGGAAAUUUAAAACCCGAUUUCCUCUAUAAAUUCUCCGAUCUAAAUGGCAAAGAAGUUUCCAUAUUUCUACCUUUUCUUGUUGGAGGGGCGACCAUCCAUUGA